AUGGGCCGCAUCGUUAUCACGAACGCGACAGUCCUGACGCUGGACGAUCAGGACUCGUUCUACUAUCCCGGAUAUGUGGAGAUCAUAGAUGAUCGGAUCUGCAAGCUGGGACAAUGGGCCGAAGACGAUGCGUUGGAUGAGUACGAUGGCGAAACAGAGUUCAUCGACGGGAAAGAUAAACUCGGGUUCAACGACGACCUGCCACUGUGGGAAUACCUGGACGAGGUCUGGUAUCCGGCCGUGCGGGCAAUGACGCCAGAGACGACCAAGCUCGCGGCGUUGUACUCCUACACCCAGGCCGUCAAGUCCGGCACGACGACCGUGAACGACAUGUAUCGCCAUGUGCCGUCCCUGGCCGCGGCCGCCGAGCAGAUCGGACUCCGCGCAGUCCUGUCCAACGACGUCGCCCUGCCGGAGCACCGCCUCGACACCAUCGAGGACAACAUCAGCGCGUUCCACCAGGUCGACGGCGCCGCCGGCGGCAGGGUCAAGGUCUGGAUGGGCAUCGAGUGGCUGCCGCUGGCCGACAUGGGCCUGCUGCGGCAGGUCGCGGCGGCGAAGAGGGAGCUGAAGACCGGGCUGCACAUGCACCUGUGCGAGUCGCGGAGCGAGAUCGCCGACUGCGCGCGGCGGUACGGUGGCAGGAGCCCCGUGCAGGCCGCCCACGAGGCCGGGCUGCUGGGCCCGGACACCGUGGCGGCGCACUGCGUGCACCUGACGGACGCGGACGUGGCGCUGCUGGCGCGCACGGGGACGCACGUCAGCGUGAACUCGGGCAGCAACGCCAAGCUCGGCAGCGGUGUGGCGAGGCUGGAGCCCCUGGCCGCCGCGGGCGUCAACUGCGGGCUGGGCGUCGACGCGUGCGAGUGCCACAACAGCUUCGACCUGUUCGAGGAGAUGAAGAUCACGAGCUACGUGCAGCGCGCGCUGCACGAAGACCCGGCCCUCGGAAAGCCCGGCCAGGUCCUGCGUAUGGCGACGCGGAAUGGCGCCCGGGCGCUAGGCGUCGAUGCGGGCACUCUGGAAGCGGGGAGGAAGGCGGAUGUCGUGCUUCUGGAUCUCAGGAAGGAUAUGAUGUUUACGCCCCUGCUGAAGGCACCGCUCGAUGCGAGGCGGAGGCAGCUGGAGAGCCACUUGGUGUUUGGCUGCAACGGGACGGCUGUGGAGACUGUCAUUGUCGACGGGAACGUUAUCGUCAGAAACAGGAAGGUCUUGGGCGUUGAUGAGAAUCAGAUAAGGGAGCGGAUGGAUGCGGUAUUCGAGGACGUCGUGGCAGAUAUUGAGAGGAAGAAGAUGAUACGGUCUAAAUGAUCGCAGAGGUUCCACCGCUCCUGCGGUCCUUGUACUCUGCACUCGUAACGAGCACUCAAAUGACGUAUAGUUCGGCACGCAGCUCUAUUACAUAUCUAGGCUGUCGCACUGCUAGUGUAUGGUCGGACUCAGCUGAUAGAAUACGCCACGAGUAGCCGAUCUGUUUACUCCCACAACCGCCAUGAG